CGGCCCUCGGCGGUCGAAAGGGGAGUUCAAGGAGACGGGGGCGACGGGGCUGCUGUCGCCUCCUCCGGGUCGGGGCUACCGCCAUCAUGCCGGGGAUAGUUGAGCUGCCCACUCUGGAGGAUCUGAAAGUGCAGGAGGUGAAGGUCAGUUCUUCUGUGCUGAAGGCCGCAGCCCAUCACUAUGGAGCACAGUGUGACAAGCCCAACAAAGAGUUCAUGCUCUGCCGCUGGGAAGAGAAAGACCCGAGGCGUUGUUUAGAGGAAGGCAAGCUCGUCAACAAGUGUGCUCUGGACUUCUUUAGGCAGAUAAAGCUGCACUGUGCGGAGCCCUUUACCGAGUACUGGACCUGCCUCGAUUACUCCAGCCUGCAGUUAUUCCGUCACUGCCGCAAGCAGCAGGCCAAGUUUGACGAGUGUGUGCUGGACAAGCUGGGCUGGGUGCGGCCUGACCUGGGGGAGCUGUCGAAGUUGUGACACCACCGUCUGUUGAAACAUCAGAGCUAGAAACCUGAAUGUCUUUUUUCUUCACUUCCCACCCUUUCUUCUUUUAUACAGUCAUCAGUUCCUCUAGAUCAGCAUCUCCUGGAAUAUUUUGUUGUUGUUAUUGUUAGUGAGGAAGAUGUGCUCUGAGCUAGCAUCUGUUGCCAGUCUUCCUCUAUUUUGUGUGUGGGAUGCCUCCAUAGCAUGGGUUGAUGAGUGGUGUAGGUUCACGCCCAGGAUCUGAACCUGCUAACCCGGGGCACCAAAGCAAAUCAUGCCGGACUUAACCACUACGCCACGGGGCUGGCCCCUGGAAUAUUUUUUCAGUGCUCUCACUGUCCCCACUUCUUGGACAGGAGUACUUAACCUGGGCCACAUGAAUUUCUGGGACGGGGGUGGGGAUCAAUUUGGAUUUUAGAAGGCAGUGCAUCCUCUGAAAUUGAAGAAUUUAAGAUAUAAUUACAUCUUCACUAUAGGCAUGAUCUGCGUGGAAUAUAAAUCAAAUAUCACUUUGUUUUUAAAAACCUUUCAGAGGCUCCCCACAAGAUAAAGCAUCCUCUCCAUAUCCUGGCAUACAAGGCCCCUUAGGAUCUGACCCAUCCCUGCUUCUUGAGCCUCAUCACCCUCCAUUCCGUCUGGGACAACAUAGGUAGCAAGGCAUGAAGGAAAAAACGCAGGUUUUGAAUGGAGACCGACAGUAGAUUUGAAUCUUGGUUCCACUACUUAAUUGCUAUGGGAUCCUGAGCAAAUUGCUUAAUAUUUCCUAUCCCAGCACAUCUACAAAGUGAGACUGGGAUUAAUCCUUAGUUUUCUGUGAGGAUGGAUCUAGAGAGCCUAUGUGCAUCUCCAGCCUAGUGCCUGGCACAUAGGUCUGCAAUUAACCUUCGUUCCCUUCCCUUUGUGUAUAGUGUCUGUGGACUGUUGGGUCUUAAGCUUGGUGUCAUAAGUGGAUGAAUGGCCCAGCAGUGAUUUUUGUUUGUUUUUUGUAUCUGGCUUGAUUAUUUCAGAUACCUUCUUUUGCUGCAGUGAACAAAUUAUUUUAAAUAGUUGAUAAUUCUAAAUUGGAAAGUGGUGGAACUUAUACAUUUAAUAACUAAAACUACCUUUCCUCAUUUCUAUCUCUCAUGAAAGGAAUAUUAACAAAUCAUGCUGUUAAGAAAGCAUAUUUAUACCUGAAUCUUUGUAUUAACAUUUAAAAACCUAUAAAAUAAAAAAAGUAUUGUUGCCUUAA